GCCUGUUCCAGCAGGAUCGGGCAUGAAGGUCAUAGCAGACGUCUCCAUCGCGGAUCUAACCCAUCAGCUGUUUCACUUCAGAGGCAUUUCCAUAAAUGUCAAUGGCCCCUGGGUCGACUGCUGUGGGCUCUACGCUCCCGCUACAGGCCAGGAUGUGUUCAUCCCAGCGUCCGCUGCACAGGCUGGUGCUCUGU